UUGUGGCAGUGUUAGUAGUCGUGGUGCUGGUAGUGGAGGUGGUGGCGGUACGUGUGGUGGUAGUGCUUGUGGUGGUGGCGCUGCGGGUGGUGACUGCAGGCACGUGCUCCACCACCACCAAGGUCACCAGGAAUAUAUCUUUAGACAUUAGGGGUUGUUCUACGCGUCGCAGCGCACUCUCCCAUCCCGCGCCUUGGGGAAGAUAUGGAAGAAAACAGAUUACAGCAACUUUUUGAAGCAGAGCCAGACUUCUGUCCUUCAUGUGGCGCUAUCCUUAUUCUUCCAAAAUUUGGGGAAACUGUAGAAUGUGCAGUGUGUACAUUCAGCAUAUUUAUUGAUUCAUUAAUUGGGCGCGUAACAUCUUAUAAUGUGGAGUUCACUCCAAGAGGAGCUCUCACUGCAGCUGUGAAGAAGAAGAAGGUGAAGGCUGAUGAUAGUGAGUUUGGACAGAUGGAUAAUGACCGAGAGUGUAGCAAGUGUGGAAACAUUGGCAUGUCAUACACCACCAUGCAGCUAAGAUCAGCAGAUGAAGGUCAAACCAUAUUCUAUAUCUGUCCAAAGUGCAAGCACAGAGAAGUGGAAAAUUCAUAAUAUCUGGAGUCGAGUGUUACAAAUUUUUUUGAAACAAUAAAAUCCUGUUAGUAU